GCUAUUAGACUUUAGACUUUGGUCAUGCUUAACUGUUACAAGAUUGCCGUCACUGUAUCGGUAAAAAAAAAUAAUUAAUCAAUUGUACUCGCAGAUAAUAUCAAUUUAUUAGUUGAGCAAAAAUGGCACGGAUACUCGUAGGUGUAAAAAGAGUAAUCGAUUAUGCAGUAAAGAUUCGAGUGAAACCAGAUAAAACUGGAGUCGUUGUGGAUGGUAUUAAACAUUCAAUGAAUCCUUUUGAUGAGAUUGCUAUAGAGGAAGCUGUUAGAUUGAAAGAGAAAAAGAUAGCUCAGGAAGUGAUAGCAGUCAGUUGUGGACCAACACAAUCACAAGAUACAAUCAGGACUGCACUCGCUAUGGGUGCAGAUCGUGGGAUUCAUAUUGAAAUAUCAGGUACUGAUUACCAGACACUACAGCCUGUUCAUGUCUCUAAGCUUCUGGCAAAGCUGGCUCAAGAAGAAAAAGUAGAUUUGGUGAUACUUGGUAAACAAGCCAUAGAUGAUGAUAACAAUCAGACUGCACAAAUGACUGCAGGUGUUUUGGAUUGGCCAUCUGGAACAUUUUGCAGUAAGAUUGAACACAAUAAUGGUGAAUUGACUGUCACACGUGAAAUUGACGGGGGAUUAGAAGUUAUCAAGAUGAAAACUCCUGCAGUGUUAAGUGCUGACCUUCGCUUGAAUGAACCACGUUAUGCAACUUUACCAAAUAUCAUGAAAGCUAAGAAAAAACCCAUCAAGAAACUUACUCCAAAAGAUCUUGGAGUAGAUAUAACAUCAAGGAUUGAAAUACUUUCAGUAGUAGAUCCACCAGUUAGGCAAGCUGGUGCUAUAUUACCAGAUGUUGAUACUCUGGUGGUCAAACUAAAAGAAAGUGGCCAUAUUUAGUUGCUAAUAAACCUAUAAUUUUUCUGUCUUUCUGUACCCGCCAACAAUCCUUUUUUUUUUUCCACAUCACUCUUACCUUCGAUGCACUUGGUAUAAAAUUGACUCGAACAUGCGUUUUCUUUAUCCUCAAGUAAAUUAAACUUUGAGACUACUUUGUAAUAUUCCAUCCGACAUAAAUUCUCCGACAUGGCUGAUGACGGGAAGAAUUACAAAUCUCUCUCUCUCCAGAAAAGAUAUAAAUUAAUGUUUCAGCGACGAUAAAUGUCGUAAGACGCGAUUUGGACACAAGUCCUUUGUUCCUCUAACCAGACUCAAAGCAACGAAGCUACUCCAUAUUUAGUUGCUACAGUUGUUUUUAACUCUUGUUAUAUAUUUCAUAACUUUUUUUGUAUAUAGUAUAUUUUUGUACAUCAUCAGAAAUUGUACGCAAUAUAUAUUUUAAUAAAUUUGUACCUCGUGAAGAAAGAA